AACGAUUCGGUACUUCGAGUCACGAGUUAUUCAGUAACGAAUACAUACGGUUUGCUACCGCUCUAAUAAUGAGCUCGAAUUAUAAACUUCGUAAAGUAAUUGACUGCAACCAGGGUGCUGUUCGGGCAGUACGUUACAAUGUUGACGGUUCAUAUUGUUUGAGUUGUGGAUCUGAUAAGAAAAUUAAACUAUGGAAUCCAAAGACAGCAUUAUGUCUCAAAACAUACGGUGGUCACGCUGAUGAGGUUACAGAUGCGGCAGGAAGUUGUGAUAGCUGUCAUAUUGUUUCCUCUAGUCUUGAUAAAAGCAUAAUCUAUUGGGAUGUUUCCACAGGCGUACCUGUACGUCGACUCCGGGGUCAUGCUGGAGGGGUUUACUGUGUUUGUUUAAACGAAGACUCUUCAAUUGCAAUAUCUGGUGGACGCGAUAAUGCAGUUGUAUGUUGGGACAUACGGACUCGUCGCUUAGAACCUGUGCAAAUAAUGAAAGAUGCAAGCGACAGUAUCACGUCGAUUCAAACUAAUGAGCACAAAAUAAUUACUUCCUCUCUAGACUGUUGCAUUCGUCAAUAUGACAUACGUGUUGGAGAGUUAGUAUGUGAUAACCUUUGUGAACCCGUAACAUUUUUGAAAUUAACUCGAGAUGAGCAAUGCCUUUUAGCAGCAUGCCAAGAUAGCGCAGUUCGUCUCAUAGACUGUGAGACAGGGAGUUUAUUAUCAGAGUAUAAAGGACACAAAGCUGAGGAUUUCCAGGUUGAAUGUGGCAUUAUGGCGAAUGAUGCACAUAUAGUUUCAGGCAGUAGUGAAGGCUGCGCUUUAAUUUGGGAUCUACUUGAAGGAAAAAUUUUACAACAAAUUAAAUUAGGUAGCAAUAGAGGAGUUGUUAACUCACUAGAUACUCAUCCUAAAGACAGCGAUUUUGUAUUAACUUGUCGAAGAGAAAUAUAUUUGUAUAGCACAGAUGUAAAUGAAGAUUUAAUCCUGAAUGAAAACUAGUUUAAUAUGUAUUUAUCAGAGAAAAGCAAGGAGCUACUUGAAUUUGGAAUUCGUUUAUACCAUUGUGCAUACAUACAAGUGAUAUUCUGCAUUUCGACUCGAAUCGAAAUUUUCUCCGUUUGGCAACUUUGGUAUUCUGCGUUCCGUUUCCUUUCGAUCAAUCUUCGAAAUUUACGAUUAUACCUAUUCUACAUUUCGAUCGUAGUUCCGUUUUUCUAAGUUGCAAAUUUGUUGACGGAGAACGUUUAGAUUGUUAUUUUCGUGGGUUUAAAUAAUAAAAUU